UUAAUUCAUCAAUAUUUUUUGCAUAAACUGAUAAAAAUUGACAAUGACCAUUACUCCAUUGUUGACUGACAAUUGUUGUAAUCUAUGUGGGGGAGAUGGCACUGCCCUACUGAAACGCUUACCGUUCAAAUGCAUAUUGUAGGUUGCCUAGCGGUGAAGCAAAGGCAACAGAAAUUAUUCCAGUCGUUGCAGUUCAUGUGAUCUUUGGUCUGCGUUAGAACUGAAGCCAGUGUCCUUACGUUGAAAAGACAGGAUUCGAAGGAAGACGUCAGCCCCAGUUAAUCGAGGACCUCGCGUCUGUCAGAACCGAUGGCAUCUUCUGCUCCUUCAUCUUCGAGCGCGAGUCAAGACUCCAACUCAACAAAUUUACGGCCGGCGGACAGAAGCACAACUUAUGACACUUGGUGUGGAGUUGCUCACGGAUGUACAAGAAAACUUGGUCUGAAGAUCUGCGGUUUUUUGCAAAGGACCAACAGCAUCGAGGAUAAAAGCAGGAGCGUAAAUUCUAUGAAAGACCGUCAGUCCUCCAGGAAUCUGAAUACCAGCGAAAACAGCGAAAGGGACUCGAUAUUCAGGCGCACGGAGACGGAUUUUUCCAAUCUCUACGCCAGAGACUUGUUACCAGCAAAAAAUGGAGAAGAGCAGACCACCCAAUUCCUUUUGGAAGUGGUCGACAUUCUCCUCAAUUACAUCAAGAAAACUUUCGAUAGGUCCACGAAAGUACUCGACUUCCAUCAUCCCCAUCAGCUCCUGGAGGGAAUAGAAGGUUUCAACCUGGAGCUUUCAGACAAUCCUGAAUCUCUAGAGCAGAUUUUGGUGGACUGCAGGGACACACUCAAAUAUGGCGUUCGUACAGGGCACCCUCGCUUCUUCAACCAACUCUCAUCUGGUCUUGACAUUAUCGGCUUGGCUGGAGAGUGGCUCACGUCAACAGCUAACACUAACAUGUUUACAUAUGAAAUAGCACCAGUUUUUGUCCUAAUGGAACAAAUCACACUGAAGAAAAUGCGAGAGAUAAUUGGUUGGCCCAACGGGGAUGGUGAUGGAAUCUUUUCACCUGGAGGGGCUAUAUCAAAUAUGUAUAGCAUAAUGGCAGCUCGUUACAAGUAUUUCCCAGAUGUUAAAGCCAAAGGGAUGAUAGCAGCUCCUAAACUGAUUCUGUUCACAUCAGAAAAUAGUCAUUAUUCAAUAAAGAAGGCUGGGGCUGCCCUUGGUUUUGGAACAGACAAUGUGAUUUUAUUAAAAUGCGAUGAAAGAGGAAAAAUAAUGCCAUCAGAUCUGGAAGCAAAAAUUAUUGAAGUUAAGCAAAAGGGUUAUAUUCCAAUUUAUGUUAAUGCAACUGCAGGAAAUACAGUAUAUGGUGCAUUUGACCCCAUUGAAGAAAUUGCCGAUAUAUGUGCUAAGUAUAAUCUCUGGCUCCAUGUUGAUGCUGCAUGGGGAGGUGGACUUCUGAUGUCCAGAAAGCAUCGCCAUAAACUGAAUGGUGUUGAACGGGCCAAUUCAGUCACUUGGAAUCCCCACAAGAUGAUGGGAGUUUUGUUGCAGUGUUCAGCAAUUCUUGUCCGAGAAAAGGGUAUUCUCCAAGGCUGCAAUCAGAUGUGUGCGGGCUAUUUGUUCCAGCAAGAUAAACAGUACGAUGUUUCCUAUGAUACAGGAGAUAAAGCAAUACAGUGCGGCCGUCAUGUGGACAUUUUCAAGUUUUGGUUGAUGUGGAAGGCGAAGGGCACAGUAGGAUUCGAAAACCAAAUUAACAAGUGCCUGGAUCUGGCAAUGUACCUCUACAACAAAAUUAGAAAGAGGGAUGGAUAUCAAAUGGUAUUCGAUGCAGAACCGGAGCACACUAAUGUUUGUUUCUGGUACAUUCCACCAAGUUUCCGAAAUAUGCCGGAUUGUGAGGAGAGAAAGGAAAAACUUGGCAAGAUUGCACCAAAAAUAAAAGCACAGAUGAUGGAAUGUGGCACUACGAUGGUUGGAUAUCAGCCUCAAGGAGAUAAAGCGAACUUCUUUCGCAUGGUCAUCUCAAACCCAGCUGCAACAAAAUCUGACAUUGACUUCCUCAUUGAUGAGAUAGAACGACUGGGGCAGGAUUUGUAACACGUUAACUUGAUUUAUUUACCAUUUCCAUUAAUGUUUUCUCCUGAAACUGGUUACAAUGUACAACAAAUCUGUUUUGUUUAAAGAUCUGUGCAACACAUUGCAGUACUGUCAGGCAAUCUGUAAACCCAUUCUUUAGCCAGUGAAUAUUUAUUAGAAGUAAUUAUUUAAGAGAUUCAAACUCUAAAUACAUAUUAUACUUAUAAGUGCGCCUCAGCAUGUAUGUUUCUUUGAAAGAGCUCAGCAAUCUCUGAUCUGUGAGUACUGUGGACAAUGUGCAGUGAAUUUAACCCAUAGAGGUACAUGUAAUUCUAUAAUUGUAGACUUACGUAGACUGUGCAGAAACCUUUCUCGUAGCUAUACUGUGUAUUGGUGCUUUUUGUCACAAUGUAAAAUUAUUGAGUGUGAGCACCACAUUUUAUUCUGGGUACGUUGCCCCCUUAGUUGUGAUUCUGGGGUAAGAGUUGCAUAAUUCUGUGACAGAUGUAACUAAAUGUCUUUCUAGAAAAGUAUUCAUUUUGUGUAGAUUGUGUACAUUAAUGUUAACUGACUUUUUGUGAACAGAAAUAAAUGUAAUAGUUUUACAGUAACAGAACUGUUUAAAAAUGUAGGUAUAUUACAGAAUAUUUGCUUAUUUAUAUCCAGAAAUUUACUGUCUUACAGAGGUGUCUAGUAUUUUCUUCAAUUUGUAUGUAUUGUAUCUUUAUUUAUAUACUAUCAAAGGAGUUCUAAAUGAUGUUUAUGGUAUUUUAGUGUAUAUGUGAGCCAAAGAAUACAGCAAAAUAAUAGUGGCAAUAGUAUUUCUAUUUAGUCUGGACAAUUAUGCAGCCUUUAAAGUGACAAGUGAAAUAUAUUGCUACACUUAUUGAACAUUAUAUAUAUAUCUGUAAACCAAGAUUUUACGUAAAAAUUGUAAAAGCCUUCACUGGAUUUUCUUGGAUUUUCAGAUAUUUCAACUAGAUAUGCUGAUUGCAUACAGUUAGUCUGUUUAGUGUAGGAAUUUUUUAAGACAGAAGUCCAAAAGUGAAAAUAUGUUUAUGGUUGUAGCUCAACAAAGACCUACAAAUAGUACCCAGGGAGAAAGGCUGUUGCAGCAUCAUAAAACCUUGUCCUUAAUCUGAGUUCAAUGGGUGGGACGGACCAGCAAGACCUAUUGUGGUUGAAAGCAAUUUUAGCAUUUUACUUAGUUGAAAAGUUUGUACAAAUGUGGUAUAUUUCAAAGUAUUAUUUCCAAAGAAGUUGAUUCAAGCUUUUAAUUUAUGGUGUUCUGUUGGGCAAGAGCAAUCUUGGUGAUUUUAAUCUGGAUGUAAAUUUGAAUGAGUUUGGGCUAGUUUGAGUUAAUCGAUUCCUAAUAACUGAACUGAAGAUAGCUUACUUGUCACUAAGAGCUAAUUUUCAAUUCAAAAGCUGAUACAUGUGUUUUUGAAACAGCGUUAUCUGUAUACAACGAAUCUUCUACCUACCCAUGGUGUAGAAUAAAGAAAAUAAAGUGGAAAAACAUUGUCAGAUAUUGCCACAA